AUGAGACCUUGGCCGAAAAGACGAGUUAUUUGUCAUUUGUCAUCGUCAAAUAAAGGAAAGGAAGAAAGGGCAAUCUACCUCAAUAUACAUCUAUCACAUUUUAUUCAAAAAUAUAUUUACAUUCUAUCUAUCUAUCUAUCUAUCUAUCUAUCUAUCUAUCUAUCUAUCUAUCAAUCUAUCUAUCUAUCUUUGUUUCCAUCUAUCUAUUUUCCAUCUAUCGAUAUUUGUUUCUAUCUAUCUAUAUUUGUUUCUAUCUAUCUAUCUAUCUAUCUAUCUAUCUUCGUUCAUAGCAAUCUAUGUUCACAUAUAUAUAUCAUAUUCUGUUCAAAACUAUAUUUUGCAUUCUAUCUAUCUAUCUAUCUAUCUAUCUAUCUAUCUAUCUAUCUAUCUAUCUAUUCGUGUUUCCAUUUAUCUAUCUAUUUGUCUUGGUUCAUAGUAAUCUCUCUUUUCCUAUCCAUCUAUCACAUUCCGUUCAAAACUAUAUUUCACAUUCUAUCUAUCUAUCUAUCUAUCUAUCUAUCUAUCUAUCUAUCUAUCUUUGUUUCCAUCUAUCUAUGUAUCUACCACAUUGCUUUUUCCAUCACGUAUCUAUCUAUCUAUCUAUCUAAGAAUAUCUCAUAUAAUCUCAAUAUAUGUAUCGAAUGA